AUGGCCGCGGAAAAGAAAUCAUUCCCUCAGCUUCAAGACUGCAACAACGAUUUCUCCUUCAAUCGUAACCCGUGGGACACGCAAUUCCCCAGGAAGUCCCAAGAAGUAACAGCUACUUCGUCCGUAAACAACCCUGUGGCCCUCUCAAGGGGGAGGUUUGGGGCCGUCUGCCCUGACCCGCGGUCUCAUACCUUUUCAAAAGCCGUUGCGAUAGAGGUCGAUGGCUCCAUCGAAGAUGAGACUUCUCUUUAUCGGCGUGUCUUCGAAGUGCCUGGCAACGAAACACCAAUAUCCGUUGGAGAGGGUAAUUCCAAGCUCGCCUUUCUUGCCAAGGCUGUCGGUAAAAUCCGUAUGGCAGUGACAGAUGGGACUGGUGAUCGUGGUGGCAGCGGCUUUUUCAUCGGUCAUGACAAAAAGUACUUCAUGACUUGCGCGCACUGGAUCCCUCCCAGGGAAAUUCAGGGCCAGGCGAACAUCAGUCCUAAUCACCGACCAAGAGUUGGACGCGAGAUUGGAUGUCACUUCGUCCAGGCCAUUGAAGAUUGGGAUGUCGCUAUCUUUGCCGUGGACUAUGACCCCAAACUGGCUAGCGAGUUUCUGAAGUUCAUAUACGAGAGAGCGACCUCGGUCCCCGUCGAUCAUCUUGUAGCGGCCUCCUCGCUUGAUCCAAAGGAAAUCUGUGAUCGCUAUGCAUUUAGCAUGGGCUACUAUGAUGAGAUUGACCCCACGCUUAUUUCGACACACUGGGACAAGUGCAUGAAUGUCUGGCAUCAGCAAGCCACUCUUCGAGAGUUGGGGCGACCCGAUUAUCGUGACAUCUUCCCUUAUCCAGGUGUCAAAAAUAUCAUCACCGGCCGAUUGAAUAGCGAUGGCGUGAAGGCAGAAAGCAAGACAUGGUCUCACUGUAUCAGUGGAUGGCAUGGUCUGUCUGGCGGCCUUAUCGCCUACCUCGAUAAACAGGAGGAUGGAUCAGCAAAACCGCGCAUCAUAGGACUCUUCCUUGGACCUCUUGAUUCAGAACUCAAGAACGAAAUGGCUGUUUUCUCAUCCGAGGUCAUAAAUCAGAUCGCGCAUAUCAUUCAAGGAACCACUUAA